AUGGAUUCCGGUUUCAAGCCUGAUCCUAUUCCUCCCCUCCAGCACCCUGAUGGUGUUGCUUGGGGCGAUGUCUACAAGCUCAAGGCGUCCGCUGCCGCCAACAUUGAAGAUGCUCUUCAGGCUUUGCCCAUCAACGGCCAAGCCAUCCACCUGGAUGGAGAUUGGGCUUCGGUGAACGUUACCGUCCGUAUCAAGGACCAUGACCAAUCCGCCAUUGGCCACCAUUACUUCCAGCAGCCAUGGACCAAGAAGAACAAGUUCUCGAUUUCUUUCUCCAUCGUUUUCCACCGCGAUGUGAACGGCAAUGAUCUGGUCUGGGGCAAUGAGUUUGACCACUCAAUUGCCAAGAAGCUGCCACGAGGCUUUGAUAUCAUUGCCCGCUCCGUCAAGAAGAUGGUCGAACCCACCAUGGAGCUUGAUGCCUACAGCGACAAGCCUUCGAUCUUCUGCCCUGCCCUUGUCAGCUGGUCUCAGCUCCGCAUUGGAAGAGAAGCCCCGACCGUCGACCAGAUGCUGAAAGGAUCUACUUUCGUCCAGGAAGGUGCCGACAAUGAACGUGCCCUGGAACUCCGGAACAAGAUGGGCAUGCCUGAAUCGCCCGAGGCCCGCAAGGCCCAUUACCGAAAGGAGUCGAACCGAAAGGACUUCUGGUUCUUUGCCGGCAUCCAGCACUCCGUCGAUUUCGGAAACUCGUACCUGGACAUGCAAGAGCUGCGCCUGAGCCUGCCGGGGUUCAAUUUCCCCGUGUACCACCUCGUCGAUGAGGAGACCUGUGAACUCCGGUUCACCUUGAAGAACAAGGUGACCGGCCAGGUCUACCUCAUCGUCGUGCUGUCCCUGGACCCCGGAGCGCGGGUAGACGAGUUCUACCGCGACCGCCAGCAGGCGGUCAUCAACAGAAAUGUGGGGAUGACGGAGGAGGUGUGGAUGCGCCAGUUGAUGGCGGGCCAGUAG